AUGGACUCAUUUGGGAUGGCAGUGAACGGUGUCAGUUACACAGAAGUAGCUGUGGUACUGGCACCAGAUGAUCCCUUUAAAGGACCGUCCAAAUCCAUCGCGCCCUGGAGCUUCAAACUGUUGGCAGCCUGGAUGUCCGUAGUGACCGUACUGUCCCUGUCCGAAAACUUUCUGGUGAUGCUGGUCACUCACAAGUUUAAACAGCUCAGACAGCCGAUGAAUUAUCUCAUUGUGAAUUUAUCACUGGCAGAUUUUCUCAUGUCACUGAUCGGAGGGACGAUAAGUGUGGUGACAAAUUAUUACGGCUACUUCUUCCUAGGCAGUUGGGCGUGUGUGCUGGAGGGAUUUGCGGUCACUUUUUUCGGUAUAGUGGCAUUGUGGUCCCUGGCAGUCCUCGCAUUUGAGCGGUUCUUUGUCAUCUGCCGGCCUCUGGGAAACGUUCGUUUACAGGGCAAACACGCAGCGCUGGGCUUGCUAUUUGUCUGGACUUUCUCUUUUAUUUGGACCAUUCCACCUGUACUGGGCUGGAGCAGCUACACUGUCAGCAAGAUUGGCACCACAUGUGAACCCAACUGGUACUCUGGAGACCCAUUUGACCACACAUUUAUCAUCACAUUUUUUGUCACCUGUUUCAUCUUGCCUCUGGGCGUCAUCAUUGUGUGCUACAGCAAGCUGCUGCGGAAGCUGAGAAAGGUGUCUAACACUCAUGGCAGGUUGGGAAAUGCCCGUAAACCUGAGCGGCAGGUGUCUCGUAUGGUAGUGGUAAUGAUUGUGGCCUUUAUGGUGGCCUGGACACCAUAUGCAAUGUUCUCCAUCAUCGUUACUGCCUACCCCACCAUCUAUUUUGACCCCCUGCUGGCUGCUGUUCCUGCAUUCUUUGCGAAAACUGCUGCAGUCUACAAUCCAGUCAUAUAUGUUUUUAUGAACCAGCAGUUCCGGAAGUGUCUGCUUCAACUGCUGAGUUGCAACAAUACACUGGAGGCAAACCAAACCACAGAUCGAGCAGACAUGACCGGGGAGAGCAACAGAGGCGAGAUGUCAACCAUCACUGCCCGAAUCCCAACUGGUACUGCUUCACCCAAACUGGACAGUCAACACAGCAACUCGAGCUUUACUGACCCGCUGCCGAUUCCAGAAAACAAAGUGUGUCCCAUCUAACUGGGCAAGGCCUCCACUUUACACACUCUUAUUUUAUUUCUAUUCUCUGAUGGACAGUCACAAUCAGCAACUUUACAACACAAUGAAAGUGAUCUUCUGGUCCUCACCUGUACCCAG